AUGGGUGCACUCAAGUACCUGGACUCGUACCUCGGGUCAAGCUCUAAGGAUGCAUUGGUGGAAGAGUGGUUCCAGGCCGUGGAGUCCCGUAACUAUGAAUUCAUAGAAUGCCACAAGCAGCGGCUUAAGGGUGUUCAAGAUGCCUUCUUGAACACUGCCCUAAUCGCCGCAACAAGAAAUAACGACCUACGCAUGAUAGGAAUUCUUGCAGCUGACGAAGCCACCAUUGUUAAUGCAAACCGGCAGACAGCGUGCAUGAUAGCCAUUGAAAACGAUAGCCUUAAAGCCUUCUACAUCCUCCAGCCGUUUGAAAUGCCUGAAGAAUCGCAGAAGGCAGACGCCAAAACAGCUGUGCGUGACGUUACAGAGGGGUUUAACUACUUUAUACCGAUUCUUUCGCAAGAUGUGUACAUUAAGUUCGCCACCGCACACUUGAAAGUCCUUUUUCAUGCACUCACCACCGGCCUUCUAUGUACAGUGAAGUACAUCGUCGAGCACAAGGUGAACUGGCGGGAUUCAUACACUAAAGCGUGCAUAAUGGUUAGCCUUGCAUAUGGUCACUAUCAGAUUGCAGCAUAUCUCUUACGAUAUUGCGUCGACAUAGGUGCCCUCAGUGGCUGUGACCUCUACAGAUCGAUUCAGUUGGACGAUGACCUGGGGUACCCCCUCGCAGACACGGCUUUCGCGGACACACUUCUCCAGCCAGCCAUCGAGAAAACAGGAACCAUUCUUUCACUCGUUGAAAGUUUACGAAAGAAGCAUGCAAUCUUUGCGCCCUCUACUUCUACCUCGGACUUCAAAGACUCCCGCGACCAAGAGGAGAUCAAGAUCGCCGCACUAGACAAGGAGCUGGAGUUCGAAGAGGCUAAGAACAGGCUCUCUCAGCUGGAGUCUCUGGCCAGGGUGCUGCACGACGAGGUGGCGCGAAUGGCUACUGACAAUGAGACCAUGAAAUUGGCGAUAGAGGCCACGGUAUCAGAUCAAGACGCUCAGGUAAGCAUUAUGCAGCUUACGGCAGAAGUAUCUGACCUCCGCAAGGAACUAGAGCGAAAAGAGAAUCUUAUCAAAGAAAUGAAGGAGCGCAUAGCAGCGUCAAGCGUCUACGAUACAGUCUUUCUUACGACUUCUGACCUCCCACAUCGACCACUUGGAGGAGGAUCGUCUAUGGAUUCUUCUCAGAUCUUGCCAGCCCAAAACUUAAGCAAGAAGCACGCAAGCAAUGCCAGGACUUCGAGAGGAGCCGCAGGCGCAGGUGCAAAUGCUGACGUCGUUGUCGAACUAGGUCACGAACUUAACUUAGCAAAACUGGAGCUUGAUAAACGCCAGGACGAAAUAGAUGAGCUCAUGGUUAUAAUACAAACGUUACGUAAGGAGCUCCGUACUUACAGACCGCAGGUGGGGAAGCUCUCGUGUUUUGACAAAACUGAAAAAAUAUAG